UUGAUCCCGCAACCUGGGCAUGUACCCUGACUGGAAAUCAAACCGUGACCUCCUGGUUCAUAGGUCAAUGCUCAACCACUGAGCCUCACUGGCCAAGCUAGAAUGGAUUUUAAAAAAGGAGUCACUCUCUAGCUCUCUAUAGUUAACACCUUGGGAAUGCAGCGUCCUGGAGGUGGGGUGAGGAAACAGAUGCACACAGAUGAGUUCCACAGAGCGGGCAGAGGGCCACAGGGAUGCCCAGGGAAGGCUGGUUGCCCAAUCCCGAGGAGAGGCCCUGGCCCGAGGUAGGUGAGGGGGCUCAGGGGAAACUUCUCUGAGGAGGUGGUACUGGAAUGGGCCAGGCAGAGGAACCUGGGUGAGCAAACGUACGAAGGUAAGAAAUGACACAUAAGCAGCCAACUCCAAGCAGUCUGUGUCACUGGAGUACACGGUGUGCAGCAGGGAGUGGAGAGAGGUGACCAGAGGAGGGGCCAGGACCACAUCUAGGGGACCCGAUGGCCAUGUCAGGAGUGAAACCUUUAGAGGUUUAACAAUCAGCCCUAAACUUCUGUAAUUUAUUUCUUCAUACAAAAGUAAUUGGCAUUCCCUGCAGAAACACUAGAAAAUACAGAUAUGCAAAAAUAAGAAAGAUACCCGUGACCUCACCACCCAGAUGUAAUCGCUGUUAACAUUCAAGCAGACUUUCCUGUGUGUGUUUGUAUAGGUGUGUGCUUACAGUGUUUUAUGGUAUGUAAACUCAUUAAGGCUGUAAACAAACUAAAAUAAAACACCAUAUUAACAUCCCCUCAUGACAAUAUUCUUCUGUAGCAUCACUUGAAAUAGCUGCACAGUCUCCUUGGUAAGAAUAUGUCAUGAUUUAUUGGACCACACCCCUAUUCAUGGACAUCUACUCUAUCCAUUUCUAAAUAUUUUUAUUAACAGCCAUACACCUACAUCUUGGCGUACUUGUCUCUCUCCCUCAAGAUAAACUCUAAGAAGUGGAAUUGCAGGGUCAAAAGGGGAGCAUGUUUUAAAGGUGCUUCACAUAUACUGCCACGCUGCUCUCAGGGAGGCUGAGCCAAUUGAUAUCUCAUCAGCGGUGUGGGCGAGAAAGGCCCAGGACCUGCUCCAGGACUAUGUCCUUAUUUUAAAGACUGCCAAUUUGAUGGGCAAUAAAAAGCAUAUCAUUGUUUAAAUUAAUAAUUCCUUAGUUAUUCAUGAGGUUGAACUUAUUUCACAUGCUUACUGGUUGUAUGUAUUAUUUUUUAUGAAUUUCCAGUUCAUAUUUUUCUAUUUUUUUUAUUGUUGUGUAUUAGUUACACUGGUUUUUAGAAACUAUACAUUAAGAAUAUAACUGGGAACAACAGGGGAGAGGUCAAUGGGGGGAAAAGGGGACAUAUAUAAUACUUUAAACAAUAAAGAAUUUUAAAAAAAGAAUAUAACUGGCACAGGAUGUCGUUUUUCUCAAUCUUUUAACUUUUUAAAAUGAAGAAAAAAAAAAGGUUAAACAGUUCUCUUUUCCUUUAGUUUGUUUUUGCUGUUAUUCCUGGAAGGCUGUCUCUACUCUGAGAACAGAGCUGGCGGAUGCAAAGGAAGCAGCAUGAGGAGGGGCGUCUGGAAAAGCGGAAGCUGCUGCAGGCUCACUAAUGAGGUGCCUGGAGACAGAGGAGAAAGUGAACCUGCUGAAAAAGCUCCCCAGACCCUGGAGGAAUAUGCUGUCAGAUUCACAGGUUCAAAGGGAUUUCUGCAUGCCAACCAGAGAGGACAGCACCCUCUGGACUUCCUUACAAGCAAUCAUUCUCCUGGAAUCAGGGAGCUGCCAAGCCAGAAAGCAUCAGGUGCUUCUACCAGCACCACCAUCUUCCCUACAGGCCUAUUCUCCGCCUACAAAGUCAACCCAGAGAACCAAGAGGAAUUCACAGAACCAAGUGUUUCAGAUGAUGGACCAGUCACUCACAUGCCAGAUGGGAGAGCAAGGUGGAUUUUGGGGUCAGCUAAGCCAGGAGGGAAAGGAGCCCAGCCCAGAGUGACUACCCUCUUCCCCACUGCGCUCAAAACCGAGCAAAGCCAACCGGUUUCCUCCCGUGACUUAAAACAGAGCAAAGUCUAUCCUGCCACAGAAGGCGGCUGUCAUCUCUUCCUUCCGCCAACAAACCGGCAUCAAACCUACGGAGUGGGGGUGUGCAGAGAAACCCAACGCCCCACCUACUGGCUGGAAGGUUUCCUGUGGCUCGAGUUGGUCUCACGGGAUGCAAACCAGAGCCAUAAACCAGAUGGAGUGGGUGAGGGAGCCUGAUCCUGGUUGGACGUGGGGUCUCAGGGUCCGGUGACUGUGCGUUCCUUGCCCACCAGCAUCUCGAUCCGUACAACGCAAAAAACUCACAAGGCAGGAGCCAUCCCAGAAAGCUCUGAAGUUUGGUGACGAUUCGCAGGCAUCUGUGAGCUGUAGGCCCCACAGGAAAGCAGGGAUGGAAGCGCCCCUUACCAACU